AAAAGUAUGAAGGGUCAACAUAUGGAUGGUGAUGAAGCACGUACUAUUCCCCAUAAAUGAUAUUCUUUGUUUUCUCGAAUUAGAACCAUAUAAUAAUCCCCCAACCCUGGGUAGUAACUCCUGCACAAAUCAAAUGAAUAUUAUGGAGUAUUCUCACAUCAACACAUCUUUCUUGUUCCUAGCUUUAUUGUUCGUAAUAACAAUAAUCUUGUUCAAGACCAAAAAGGGUGUAAUAAACCUCCCUCCUGGCAGCUUCGGAUGGCCGUUUAUUGGUGAGACGCUAGAGUUUCUCGAUUCCCUAAGACAAGGAUCAACCGAAAAAUUCAUCAAAGAGAGAACGGAAAAGUACUCGAGUCAGGUGUUUAAGACUUCACUCCUUGGGGAGCCUAUGGCUGUGCUAAGUGGGACGGCCGGUAACAAAUUUUUGUUCAGCAAUGAGAAUAAAAUGGUCACUCUUUGGUGGCCGGCUUCUGUAAGAAAGCUGCUCGGAAAAUGUUUGACGACCACCGGACGUGAACAAGGCAUGCACAUGAGGAAGACCCUUUCAUACUUUGUUAGCCCCGAUGCCUUUUCAAAACUCUACAUAAGGACAAUGGAUCUCGUUUCUCGCCAACAUUUGGACGCUCAGUGGCAAGGUAAAGAGGAGUUGAAAGUGUUCCCCGCGAUGAAGCAGUACACGUUCGAGCUCGCGUGUCGAUUGUUUAUGAGUAUUCACGACCCGUCAACUAUCGAGAAGCUGGCUGCCCUCUUCCGAGUUUUUCUUGGGGGAGUCAUUUCUAUCCCUCUCGAUUUUCCGGGGACCAAAUUCUACUAUGCCAAGAAGGCAACUGUUGCUAUUAAGAAAGAGCUCAAAAUAAUUAUCCGGCAAAGGAGUAAGGAUUUGGAGCAAAAAACGGCUUCACCUUCGCAGGACCUUUUGUCUCAUUUACUCGUCACACCCGACGAGAGUGGGAAAUUUAUGUCCGAAUCAGUUAUAGUGAACAACAUACUAAUGUUACUAUUUGCUGGCCACGACACUUCGAGUUGUUUGUUAACAAUGCUCAUUAAAGUUCUGGCACAACAUCCACAGGUCUACGAAGAGGUGUUGAGAGAGCAAAAUGAAAUUGUGGCAUCAAAGGACCCAGGAGAAUUUCUUCAAUGGGAAGAUAUUCAGAAGAUGAAGUACUCAUGGAAUGUGGUGUGCGAAACUACAAGACUAUGGCCGCCUAUAACAGGUGGCUUUCGAGAAGCUUUAGUCGAUAUAAACUAUGAAGAUUCGAGCUUAUUUCGAGACGAGAAGAAAUUCGAUCCCACGAGAUUUGAUAAUUGCAGUGCUAUCCCUUAUUCUUUUGUUCCUUUCGGAGGAGGGCCUCGAAUGUGCCUAGGUAAAGAGUUUGCUCGAUUGGAGAUUCUCACUUUUCUUCACAAUCUCAUUCCAAGGUUUAGAUGGGAUAUAUUAAUCCCUGAAGAGAGGAUAAUAUGUGACCCGAUACCCACGCCAGAGAAAGGACUUCCAGUUCGUAUCUGUUCGCAUCAACAGUAA